AAAAAUUCGAACGUCGCCUGACGGUCGCUCGCAGUCCUUCGUGAUGUUGCACUACGUGGUCGGUACGGUGGAAGCUCUGUCUGUCGUUGUGAGUGUGUCGGUCCUUUGCCGCUUCCCACCUUCGGACAAUGAAGCGUACCACUCGUCGUAUGCGCUUCGGCCGUCCCCGACAGUGUUCAAGCACCUCUUCUACGUGUGCUGCCUCCUGGGCUUCCUUGCCGUCCUCGUGUCCGACAUUUGGAAGUCCGACGGGUAUUGCUUGAACCAGUACUCUGUAUGGGCGUUAUCGAUGCAGAUCAUUUAUUGGUCGUGGAGUCUCCAAGAUCCAAAGUGUAUCAGCCGCGGCAGGCUCAUUUUGUUUGACGUUGUGUUCCCCGUGAGCAUUGUCAUCACCGUGGUCGUGUGGCUGGUCUUGUAUCCCAUGGCGGGGAACACCAGGAACGACGAGUACUGGAAUUGGAUCAGCUGGAGCCAGCAUGGACUCAACACGGCCCUCCUACUUGUCGAAUUCUUGUGGAGCGACGCUCGCGCUGUGGGUUGGAGUACAUGUGCUCUGGUCACUCUCUUUCCUACGACUUACACCAUCUACGCGUGGAUGUUGCACGCCUCGCAUCCGCUUACGCCGUGGCUGUUUGCAUCGUUCCUUCCAAUCGAUGACCCCUCCGCCCCCUUCUGGUUCAUCGCACUCAUCGCUUUGCAUGCCGGCGUGUUUGCCGUCGUGGUGUGCUUGGCAGCGUGCAAAGUGCGAGCGAUCGAACAAACACCCGAACGCAUUCACUUGUUACGAACCAAUAACCUACAAAUAUACUACACGUAUUAACUAACA